AUGGAGGCUCGGGCGAGCUUCUGCCGCGAGGAAAUUAACAGCACCGUGUGGGAGGUUCCGGAGAAGUAUGCCCAUCUCAAGCAGAUCGGAACCGGGGCGUACGGCUCUGUUUGCUCAGCAACAAAUGAGAAGACUAAGGAGAGAGUGGCCAUCAAGAAGCUGCACAGGCCCUUUCAAUCAGAGAUCUUUGCUAAAAGGGCUUACCGGGAACUGCGGUUGCUCAAACACAUGAAGCAUGAAAACGUAAUAGGACUUCUUGAUGUUUUUACACCUGUUUCAAGCCUUGAUGACUUCCAGGACUUCUACCUGGUGAUGCCUUACAUGUUUACUGACUUGUCAAAGGUGCGAGGUCAUCUCUCCGAAGACAAAGUCCAGUUUCUUGUCUACCAAAUGCUCUGUGGACUCAGGUACAUUCACAAGGCUGGAAUCAUUCACAGAGAUCUCAAACCUGGAAAUUUGGCUGUAAACCAAGACUGUGAAUUAAAGAUUUUAGACUUCGGGCUAGCUCGCAGUACCGACGCUGAGAUGACAGGCUAUGUGGUUACCCGUUGGUACCGGGCGCCUGAGGUCAUUCUGAACUGGAUGCACUACACACAGACCGUGGACAUUUGGUCUGUAGGCUGCAUCAUGGCUGAAAUGAUCAACGGAAAAACCCUUUUCAAAGGCAAAGACUACAUGGAUCAGCUGACGCAAAUCAUGAAAGUAACCGGAGUGCCUGGACCAGAGUUUAUACAGAAGCUGGACAGCCAAGAGGCAAAAAAUUAUGUGAAAGCCCUUCCUUGCUAUCCAAGAAAAGACUUCUCAACGUUGUUUCCCCGAGCCAGUGUAAAUGGCAUUGACCUGCUGGAGAAGAUGCUUGUUCUGGACGGUGACGAGAGGCCUACAGCUGAACUGGCGCUGGAGCACCCAUACUUUGACAGCCUCAGGGACCCAGAUGACCUCCCUGAGCCUGAACCAUACGAUGACAGCCACGACAAUGCCAAGUUAUCGCUGGAAGAGUGGAAGCGGUUAUGUUUCCGAGAGGUGAAGAGCUUUGUUCCAUUCCCUCGACGGGACUCCAAGAGAAAAAACACAUUGACUAUGACUCCCUGA